AUGGAUGCGAGCCCUCUGGAAGCACUGGUGGGAGGAGAGGCCUGGUCAUCAGAGUUCUUUGAUAUUAGUGACCAUAAAUGUGUCCGGACCUUCACCUUUAUUGAUCUGGACUGCUGUGUCUUGGCCAUGAACUACUGGUCUGACUAUCACAGAGGCGUGUUCUGCUAUGGGGACACCAAGGGCAAUGUUAUUGUCUUCAUCUCUGACAGUGUGACCACCGGACUGUUCAACCCCCACAUCCUCCCCAGACUCUCCAAAUGGGGCAGAUCUUGUGCAGAUCACUGGAUCAAGGUUUCCAUGCCAAAACUCUUAACUGAGAAGUCUGCUGUAUACAGAAGUUACCAGCUGAGGGCUCUCCAUCCCAACUGGUGUCAGAAGGUCAAGUUCAUUUCCGAUCUGAACCUCGUGGUCUCCUGUUCGGCCGUUGAGAAGUCCUCUCUGGUGCUGACAGUGUUGCCAGCCAAAGACCUUGAGAAACCCAGGUUCACAGUGCUGAGUUUAAGAAAAGGAGUUCUUUGCUUUGAUUACUGCUCAGACAGGAACUUCCUGGCGACUGGUGGCUAUGACUCCCACAUCUACCUGUGGAACCCCUUAUUCUCCAAAAAGCCUGUGUGGGUGAUGAAGGGACAUCAGACCUCCGUGAUGCACCUCCUCAUAAACAGCAAGAAUAGCAGCAUCCUCAUCAGCAUCUCCAGGGACAAGAACAUCCGCGUGUGGGACAUGCAGGACUACAUCUGCCUGCAGUCCUUCUGCGGGAAGCUGUUUGCCCUGGGGAACUGCCCCAUCACCAGCGCCUGCUUCCACGAGACCGACAACACCCUCAUCUGCAGCACCUAUUCCGUGCACAGGAUUUCAUAAGUGGGCAAAUUCCAGUAAGUUUAAGAUCCUGAGCGAAGAUUUGUAGAUUGCCCAGAAACUUGCGAGUGACAGGCCUGGGGAAGAACUGGCCUGGGAAGGACCAGGUGGGAGGAACUUUAGCUUUUAGAUUAAAGCUAUAAUCUCCUUGUCCUUCCUCUUGUUUAUAAUCCCAGCAACUCUGGAGACUGAGGCAGGAGGAUUGAAAGUUAGAGGC